UCGGAAGUGAGUGUGCUCCUUCUUCAUUUCCAUAUGGGAAAAAAAGUAGACCUAAAUACCACUUUUCCUUACACGAGCACCCCGUGAAGCUCUGGUAGCUGGAUGCCUAUGCCUCCCUCCAUGCUAUCUCUCCCCUCUUCAAUCCCCACCCAGAAUGUCAACCAACAUCAAUUACGACGACCCCCUAUUAGGUAACAUCAUUGAUAAUUUGAUUGACCAAACCCUCUACUCGAAGGGCAUACAGACCACGCUUCGUCAUGAGACACCGCUGAUGAAGGUGUACGGCAUCAAGUUCGACUUUACUCACCCAGAGGCCGAUCGCGACUACAUCGACAGCCCAUAUCAGUCACUCUUCAUAGCUGUUAAAGCAGUCUUGGCACUUGCUAAUACAGAUGCCUUCACUCGAGUAUUCUCCCUCUGUGGAAUCCAUGAGGAACACUGCAAAGGCCCGUUCCCCCCAAUCGAGAAGAUUAUGUUAGAGAAUCGCUCGUCCAUCUACCAUUUUCGUGCCCUUGGGAACCUCUCCCAGCGAUUAGUUAUUGUCCCAGAGAUACUCUUGGACGGAGUAUUCGCAGAACUAGAUGACGUUGAUAAAACAGAGACAGCAGAGUCUUGA